AUGAAGGUCUAUCCGCAACAAAGAUUAGAGUACCAACGUACGGGUGUAAGAAAUAGAAGGACGUGGUUCCCUGAACAAAAUAAAUAUGAAAGCAAAGAUAAUAUUGUCUCGCUAUUCGCAACGAGUUUACGUCAUCAGACGACAGAGUUCUUUGAGAAUUCUACGCUACACGGCGUUCGUUAUAUCGCUGAAAAGGGAAGACCGUUUUGUGAAAAGUUUAUGUGGUUUUGCUUUACUUCUAUAGGAGCAAUAGCAACUUGCAUUAUAAUCGUUAGUUUAUGGGAGAAGUUUCAAACGAAUCCGACCAUUACUGGAUUGGACACGGAUUUCCACAAUUGGGACGUACCCUUCCCCGCUGUCACAAUCUGUGAUAGAAAUCCCAUUGAUGACGACCUUUUACAAGAUUACAUCGAUAAAAUAUGGGGUUCGGAACUACCGGCGAACGCAGACGAAAUGCUACGAUGGUUAUCCAUGUUGAGUUAUCAGUCCAUCGCAGCUAGAGCUUCGGAAUUUAAUUCGAAGAGCCUAACUGAAAGUAAUCCCGCGAUGAACACAAAAGAAGCCGUAUUUAAUAUUGUACGUCAUUGUGAAAAUUUGUUCUACGACUGUGAAUGGAAGGGUGAUUCGGAAGAAUGUUGCGAUUUAGUGGCGCCAGUUUUCACUGAGAUGGGCUUUUGCUAUGCUUUUAACUCUAAACAUGCCGAGAAGACAUGGCCUUGGCAAACGCAAAACGAUGAGUUCGUAGAAGCGUUCAUUCACGAAACAGAUGCCAAAUGGUCGUUCAUGUUUAAUUCAUUUCGUAACGAUACAACAAUUGACAUUUAUAUUCAUUCAACUGAAGAAAUGGCGGGUCUGGAGCAAAGCGUCCAGCACUCUUGGGACCGGCGAGUGGAGAAGGUCUCCUUUUCAGUAAAGCACACAUACACCACAGAGGACGCGAGGCAACUCUCUGUACGACAAAGACGCUGUAUAUUCGCUGAUGAGCAAAAAUUGGAGACAUCAAAUAUAUACACGUAUACAGCGUGUAUGAGGCAGUGUAGGAUGCAGCGAUGUCGGUCGUAUUGCAGCUGUGUUCCGCAUUUUUAUCCGCCUACAAAAGGCUACCGUCAUUGUACUGUGAAGGAAUUGGAGUGCAUAGCCAAGAACGUAGCUGCUAUCACAGAUGUGAACCGGUGCAACUGUGAACUCGGUUGCACUCAUACUGUUUAUGAAGUUGAGAAACUCACAGAGAUCGACGCCAGUAAAGCAUCAGCAGCAACGAACUCGCUGGAAACCGAAUUCGUCUCAUGGCCAAUGGUACGAUACAAACGAGAAGUGUUGUUUGGGUGGGUCGAUUUAUUAGUGUCCUUUGGCGGUAUAGCCGGUUUGUUCCUAGGAUUUUCACUGUUAUCCGGCGUAGAGAUCAUUUACUACUUCACAUUGCGGGCCUGUUGCGCGAUUGUUCGCGACCGAGACAUGUUGCGGAAGGAGCGAGAACAGCGACGUGCGAAAACUAAACCUUUGCAUCAAAUAAAUCCGUGGUCAACACGAGAACCACCACUUCGAACCCUGAAACCUUUCCAAAUUCAAGUGCAACAUUAUAGACCUCGUUACUUACCUCCUCCGACGUACUAUGGAUACUUACCGUAG